UCAUCUCUGCUCCUCGGGACAGCUAAUGUUACAAUGUAGCAGGCGCGGCGGCAGCAGCAGCUGUGGCAAUUGCAAACAGCAGUAGUGGCUGCAACGGCAGCUCUAGCUGCCCGUGGACCUGGGGCUAGGGGGACAGCCGCAGCAGCAACAGCAGCGCCGGGGUCUGGGGGCUGCGGGCAAUGCUCGGGGCAAUGAGGGUUAAGUGACUUGCCCAGGAUCACACAGCUAGGUUCUAAGAAUUGUGGAGUCUUUGAAUGAAUGGAGAAUAGCAAGAGCUGCUCUGGAACCUUGCUGAUCACAUUUUAACUGCUGGACUGCUAUGGAAUAUGAUGAGAAGCUGGCUCGGUUUCGGCAAGCCCACCUCAACCCCUUCAACAAGCAGCUGGCUGGCAGACAGCAUGAGCAGACAGCUGACAAGGAUCCUGAGGACCCCUCUCCUGAAGAUUCACCACUGGAACAACCCCAUCAAGACCCAGAGUUCCGGUGUACUGAACGCAUGAUGGACCUGGGCUUGGCCGAGGAUCACUUUUCUCGUCCUGUGGGUCUGUUCCUGGCUUCAGACAUCGAGCAGCUUCGGCAGGCCAUUGAGGAGUGCAAGCAGGUGAUCUUGGAGCUGCCGGAGCAUUCCGAGAAGCAGAAAGAUGCCGUCGUGAGGCUGAUCCACCUGCGGCUAAAGCUCCAGGAGCUGAAGGAUCCCAAUGAAGAUGAACCCAAUAUCCGAGUCCUCCUUGAGCACCGAUUCUACAAGGAGAAGAGCAAAAGUGUCAAGCAGACCUGUGAUAAAUGUAGCACCAUCAUCUGGGGCCUGAUCCAGACAUGGUACACCUGCACAGGUUGCUACUAUCGUUGUCAUAGCAAGUGCCUGAACCUCAUCUCCAAGCCCUGUGUCCGCUCAAAGGUUAGUCACCAGGCAGAGUAUGAGCUGAACAUUUGUCCGGAGACUGGCCUGGAUAGUCAAGAUUAUCGUUGUGCUGAAUGCCGGGCACCAGUGUCUCUACGGGGUGUGCCUAGUGAGGCUCGGCAGUGUGACUACACCGGUCAGUAUUACUGCAGUAAUUGCCACUGGAAUGACCUGGCUGUCAUUCCCGCCCGAGUCAUCCAUAACUGGGACUUUGAGCCUCGGAAGGUAUCUCGCUGCAGCAUGCGCUAUCUCACACUGAUGGUGUCCCGGCCAGUGCUCAAACUACGGGAGAUCAACCCACUCUUAUUCAACUAUGUGGAGGAACUGGUGGAGAUCCGGAAACUGCGGCAGGAUAUUCUGCUCAUGAAGCCAUAUUUCAUCACUUGCAAAGAGGCCAUGGAAGCUCGUCUACUAUUACAGCUCCAAGACCGGCAGCACUUUGUGGAGAACGAUGAGAUGUACUCCCUGCAGGACCUAGUGGACAUCAGCAUUGGCCGCCUCAGCUGCUCUCUGACAGAGAUCCAUACUCUCUUCGCCAAACACAUCAAACUAGACUGUGAGCGGUGUCAGGCCAAAGGCUUUGUAUGUGAACUCUGCAAAGAGGGUGACGUACUUUUCCCCUUCGACAGCCACACAUCUGUAUGCACAGACUGCUCUGCUGUCUUCCACAGGGACUGCUACUAUGACAACUCUACCACGUGCCCCAAAUGUGCUCGGCUGAACUUGCGGAAACAGUCACUCUUCCAGGAGCCCAGUCCAGAAGCUGAGGCCUAGAAUGCCGGCAUUCCUGCCCCAGUGCCCUGCCAACACACCAGCCACUGCCAGCACCCCAGACAAGGUGUCACUAUAUUAAGGAUGGUGGUUCAGGGAGUCACUGUGCUGCUGGCUCUUCUCCCUCUUGCGGGGCUGGAGAUGUGAACAGAGCAGACAAGAACAGGCAUGCAAGAGCGCAGAGGACAGGGCUCUUUUGGAAUGCAGAAAUGUGGGUGGUUCUUGGGUACCAUGUCAUGGAACUGAUGGCAUCCCAACUAUUAGGGCAGGGGCUAUAUGGUAUGAGGUGGUCUAACUGGGCAGAAGCAUCCACGUUAGUCUCAGCCACUGUGUUUGUGGGAAUGGAGUGUGGGGAAGGUGUCCUCAUCUCUCCAAGGAAGCAGAACCCAGCUUCCCUUUGGGGGACCCAGGAUAUAGUGACCGGGGACCUGUUUGGUAUCUCUUCCUGCUUGGUGUGUGAUGCCUCUGGAAUGGGAGGGUAGCAGGUUAGCUCCCAGCAUGGAUACUGGCAGGGUAAUCAAUAAGACCCAAUGAAUCUGGGCUAAUCAGACCCAUAAGCCUUGAGGUUGCGAGGAACUUCUUUCCUAAGAUUGUCUAUGGUUCCCUCAAAGGAAGGAUGGGGUUUUAUCUAGUAUCUCUCACAUGUGACCUCCCUCCCUGGGACCUCUAGCCUUUUGGAGGCUGCUAGUUUUAUUGGCUAAGGCUGUUAAUUAUCAUCUAAUAUUGCCCUGCUCCCCAUGUCCUUGCUAGAGUCACCUGGCCAAGUGGGUAAUUUCCUUCUUGUUAUUUGAAGUCCUUUUUGAUGAAAGGGGAAGCACCACAGAGCUAAUGAGCACUGCCUGUCUUAUAUUUUUGCUUGAUCCAUCUAGCCCUUCUUGCCUCUGCCCAUACCUCUGCCAAGGGCAGAGGAAAUAGGUGCUCCUCUUGCUGGGUGGCAUGAUAGCUAUUCUUCCGUCUUUGGCUUAGUUUACCUUGUGUCUUUGGUGUUCUCGGCUAGGCCACCCUAUGGGCAAGAGAAGAGCAGGGGUGCCCUGGACCCCAGACAAUAUAAGUUCUGGGAGCUAGUCUGUAUACUCACGCGCAAAGCCUGAGAAAAUGUUUGUUAGGGAGAAAGUAAGACAGAACACUCUUUACAAGAGGCAAUCUUCACAUUUCUCUGGACCAAAUUGCCAUCCAGGAACCUUGGUUUAGCCACUCUUGUUCCCCAUGGAGGAAGACUUUGGUGAUGGGGGAUGCAGGGCUGGAGACUGCAAGGCUUUUCCUGAAGAGUUGGCACUUGUCUUUUUGUUUACAUGUAGAGCUGGGACGUGCCGGUCCCACUUCUAGUCUCACAAAAGGCCCGAGUCAGGGAGAAAGCUGCUUUAUUCCCUUCCGCAAAAGAUAUGUGGGGAUAAGACCAGGUGGAGGAUGGGGAUGGAAAAUUUCAAUAAGGAACAUUUGUAUUUAGUAACCAUUUUUCACUGUGGAAUUAGAGGCUGUAUCUGUUCUAGGACCUUUAUCUCUCAUCCUUCUUCUCCACCAGGCUUUCUCAUUCCUUGGGCCUGGAGCUCAAGGAGGGGAUGUACUGGAUUAUUUGUUCUGUCUGUAGAAAAGCCCCUGAUGGAGACUAUAGCUGAGUUUCUGAUCCCUACAGUAAGGGGGAGGGGUUCCCAAUACUUGAUGGAGGAGGAAGAAAACUACAGUGUGUCUUGAAAAGGAGAACCAUGCCCUACUCCAUUCAGGUCAGUCCCUGAACACCCCCAUCAUAGCAGUGAUUGGAAAGUAUCGACAUUUGUAUCAGAGAGGUGAAUAUCUGGGUCAAAGGAGGAACAUGGGAGAAGGAUCUACAGGUGUCCGUGGUAUCCUCUAGCCAUAGCAAGCUGGGUUGGAGCAGCAUGUGGAAUAUCUGCAUCUGGCUACAACCUGUUUCUCUAGCAGUGGUGUCUUCAUGACCUUUGCUCCCCUUUUCCUUCUCCGUACACAUUACCAUGCUUGAGCUGGCCUUGUGCUUUCAUUCUCAAUGAAGAUAGUGUAUAAAGCCAGAUAAGUAGCCACAGGACAGGAGGGAUUGUGGCUCCCUUCUAACAUCCAUCUCCCUUCCUGAUGAGAGCACAAGAGGGGAUUUUUUUUGUGUAGGCAGAGGGCAAGGUGGCUCCUUGGCCCAAACUAUAUAUUGGGCAAAAGGACCAUGGCCCAGUUAAGUCGCUAAAUUCCCAUGAAUCUGCCUCCAUUUACACUCUAUUCCCCACUGGGACAUGUUAUGGUAAGAAAUCAGCUCAAAUUCUUCGGCUUUGGGCAGGUCACUUCACCUGUCUGUCUCAAUUUGCCCCAUCUGAAAAAUGGGGACAGUAAUAUUGACCUACCUCGUGGUGGGACUGUGAGAAAGUUAAUGUUGGUAAAGCACUUUAGCAAACAAAACGUGCAAUGUGAGUGCUAAAUGGUACUUUACUGGACCUCAUUAUCCCUUAUCCCCUUUUGUAAUAGAAAAGGGGGAGGAGAAAUCAGCUGACUACAUUAAAAUGCCCUCUGAUCUUUUUCCUAUUCCCAAAUCCCCACAGUUCUUUUCUAUAUGACACUUCUGAUCAUUAAAUUUGAUUUCUGAUUUACUCUGUAAUAAAGAUCAUGUAUGUUAUUGGGAUUUUCCUGCCAUAUAACAAGUAGAAAAAGAUUACCACCAAAAAUCCCCAAACUACUUUGCACAAAAAUAUCAGUAGGUUAGCAACUGUUGGAAAGAGUCUGCUCUUUUUCCUCAAGAAGUUUGCCUCUUUUGCUAUUCCUCCUGGUGAAAUAAGCCCUGCUUUUGACACAGAUUAAGGGUCCCAUAAGUAGAAUACUUUCUUUGAUCUUCCCCAGUGUCCCAAAGACCAUAUUUACAAAGGAAAAAAUAGGCAAGGGGCCAGUUGGUAUAUGUAACAGACACUGCAUUACACUGUGCUUUCUCUGUAGGCAGAUGGGAAAUGCCUCCAAGGAAAACAAAGGGGGCUAGGGCCUUGUAGCAGUAUCUGCCUUUGGUAAGCACAGACUGCUCUAUGGCAAACAAAAUGCCCAAACACUUGCCUGAGAAAUGAAUUUAGCAGUUAUAUUGAUUAUCCAAAUUACUGUAUUAUUAAAUAAUUUUAAUGUUUA